AUGGCUACAGCUUCCUUCUCCAAUCUCACCACGCGUUUCUUCUCACACUCCAACCACUCCUCUCAACCACCACAUCGAACUCUCAUCUUACCUUCCAAACUCAGACUUUGCACUUUCAGGUCCAUCCGUUUCCUCCACACCACAGUCACCGCCAUCUCCUCACGCGUGGACUGUGGCAGCUCAGCGGGGAGCGGCGGAGGCGUUGGCGGUGGAAACGGUAAUGGGGACAGUAGCGGAGGUGAUGAAGAGGAGGAAAGGGGCCGCAAUAGGGAAGAGGCGCUGGUGGCGCUGGCGGAGGGUGGGCGGGGGUUGGAAAGUUUGCCGGAAGAUUUAGCGGCAGCCGUUACGGCGGGGAGGGUGCCGGGUUCGAUAAUGCGGAGGUUUUUCCAGAUGGAAGAGUCGGUUGUGAUGCGGUGGUUGCUCAAGUUUCGAGGGUUCAGGGAAAGGUUGCUCGCAGAUGAUUUGUUCUUGGCCAAGCUUCUCAUAGAGUCCAUUGUUGUCAUCUUCACCAAGGCCGCUGCAGAAUUGGAGCGCCGUAAAGAAAAUUUCAGUAAGGAGCUGGAAAUUGUUGUUGCUAAUGUGGUAACAGGCAUUGUUACAGGGUUUGUACUCGUGUGGUUUCCUGCACCAACUGUUUCUCACAAACCUCCUCUUGCAGUCAGUGCUGGAGCCCUUGCUAAAUUAUUCUAUGGUUGUCCAGAUAAUGCUUUCAUGGUGGCUUUACCUGGAACAUCCUAUACCCUUCUACAAAGAAUGGGUUCUGUAGUGAGUAACGGCGGAAAGCUAUUUGUUGUUGGCACCAGUGCUGCAUUGGUUGGUACAAGUAUAACGAAUGCAUUGAUCAAUGUCCGGAAGGCUGUUAACAAAACAUAUGCUGCCCAGGCUGAUAAUGUACCUAUAAUAUCAACCAGUCUAGCACAUGGAGUUUACAUGUCUGUAAUUAGCAACAUCAGGUACCAAGUAAUUGCAGGAAUUAUUGAGCAACGAAUUCUAGAACCAUUACUGCACCGAAACAAGCCUAUACUAACCGCAGCAUACUUUACUGUCCGAACUGCCAAUACCUAUUGGGGCUCGCUUCUGUGGGUAGAUUUUGCUCAAUGGGUUGGAGUCCGGAAGAUAAAGAAUUAA